AUGUUUAAAGUAACUAGAAGGGCGCGCGUGGCAGUCCUAGCAGCGGUUAUAGGGUUGGCGGUUCUGUCGACAGAAUGGUCGAACCGGAGGUUGCAUCGUGUGUUCUGGCGGCAGGCGGAGGGGCCGUUGGAGGUGCCCAGCUCAUACCACGUCGGGGAGCUGAACAUGCGGGAGUUCCGGGGGGCGUGGGAGCGGCGCGACCUGCGGUCGCAGCUGGCGGCGCAGUUCCCGUACGACACGGCGGGGCCGAUCCCUCGGCGGGUGUGGCAGACGUGGAAGGUGCCGCGGCACAGCGCGCAGUUCCCGGAGCAUUUCCGGAGUCUGAGCGACGCGUGGGAGAACAGCGCUAAGGACGCGGAGGGCUACGAGUACUUCCUGGUGGGGGACGAGGAUAUGCUGCCGCUGCUGCGCAACCUGUAUGGGGGCGUGCCGCAGGUCCUGCAGGCGUUUGAGUCGCUGCCUCUGGCCAUCAUGCGCGCAGACUUCUUCCGAUACCUGAUACUGUAUGCACGCGGCGGUAUCUACUCUGACAUCGACACAGAGCCGCUGCAGCCAUUGACCGCAUGGCCGUCGGUGGACCAGGCGGCGCUGCAGAAGUUUAAGAACAGGAAGGUGCACUACGGGGGGACAGAGCUGUCUGUGUUUGGCGAGUCGUCGUUGACUCCGGGGCUUGCGAUAGGGAUCGAGGCGGACCCCGACCGGCCCGACUGGUCAGAGUAUUAUGCCAGGCGCAUCCAGUUCUGCCAAUGGACGCUCCAGGCCAAGGCGGGCCACCCGCUGCUGCGCGAGCUCAUUCUGAACAUCACGGGCACGACGCUGCACAGUGUCGCCAGAAGGACGGGCUACGCGCGGCUGCCGCCGGUCACCUUCGACACAGAGCACCUGGAGGACUACAACGUGAACUACCGCCACAAGAAGCGGCACGACGCUGCCUACCCGCACACGGAGAAAAAGACGGCCAAGAACACAGACGAAACCGACAUCAUGAACUGGACUGGUCCAGGGAUAUUUUCGGACGUGGUUUUCGACUACCUCAACAACCUGAUAACCACGAAUGACGAAGUAGUGAUAUACAAUGACAACUUGCUGGAAAAGAACCCGGAAACCGGUGAAAUAUUGCCGAUCGCGACCUCUACGCGCAAGUUUGCGGCGGAAAUAAAGACAGCACUCUCGAAGUCGAAGCCCAAGCUUUUCUGGGACUUUUUCUCCUUGAUGCAGACGCCUGCGCUUAUAGAUGACGUGGUGGUUCUUCCGAUCACCUCCUUUUCCCCCGGUGUGGGACAUAUGCAGGCGGGCGAGCCCGACCACCCUAUGGCCUUUGUACACCAUCACUUUGAGGGCUCUUGGAAACAGCAGGGUCCCAAACACGAUGAUGACGCGGGGGAAGGGGAUAAGGCAUCAGAGCAUGCGGAAAAGUAG